AUGUUCAAACUCGCGAAGUCGCUCUUUCGAAGGCAACCAUGGCCCCAACUCAAAUUUCCGACAUCGGGUUUUGAAGUCGUCAGCGACGCGGUACUGUUCGAAGAAGAACAGCUUGCAGAGUUCCACAGGGGUGUCUACUAUCCUGUCAACAUAGGAGACGUCUUCGCGUCAAAGUACCAAGUAGUAGGCAAACUUGGUUUCGGUGUUACGUCAACUGUCUGGCUGGCCCGUGAUCUAAACCGUCAUGCCUAUACGACGUUGAAAGUUUUCACAAGAGCAGGAAUGGACGAGGAUGAGUACAACACGUACAACACCUUAAGCAAAGGGAAUGCUUCGCAUCCAGGAUACCAUCACGUCCGGACAGCCCUCGACGUGUUUACUAUUUCCCGGCAAGGCGGCGAUCAUCGAUGUCUUGUCCAGAAACCAAUGUGGGAUAGCUUCAAGGACCUCUUGAAUAGGAAUUCCGCGCACCGCUUCACGGACGAACUGCUGAGAGCUGGGUUGUCGCAAGUGUUCCUCGCUCUCGAUUACCUUCACACAGAAGCUAAUAUCGUACAUACAGACAUAAAAGCCGACAACAUCCUCAUAGAAAUCGAGGACCAGGAUAUCUUAAAAGCCUUUGUCGACGCCGAAAUGACAAGUCCCUCGCCUCGCAAAGUCGUAGACGGCAAACCAAUCUACACGACACGCCAAUUUGGAUUGCCGAAAGAAUACGGUCGUGUUGUCCUUGGAGACUUCGGCUCUGCAGUUCGCGGCGACAAACCCCAGAUUCACGAUGCGCAACCAGAUGUCUACCGCUGUCCAGAGGUUAUGCUGAAGACGGAAUGGGGUUAUCCAGCCGACAUUUGGAAUGCGGGAGCGAUGAUUUGGGACCUAUACGAGGACAAACACCUCUUUCACGGCAUCGACCCAAUCGAAAAGCGAUACCUGACUAGAGCCCAUCUCGCGGAAGUAGUCGCGAUGCUGGGUCCGCCGCCGAUGGAUCUGCUAGAGAGAGGAGCGCGGAGUAAAGAGUUCUUCGACGGUGGAGGGAAGUGGAUGGCCGAGAUAGACAUACCGCGAGGCUUGACGUUAGAGGGAUCGGAAGAGAAUCUAGAUGGAGAGAAGAAAGAGGAGUUUCUGCGGUUUGUGAGGUGCAUGUUGCAGUGGAGGCCUGAGGAUCGGUGGACGGCGAAGCAGUUGCUUGGGCAUCCUUGGAUGAGAGGGGAUUAA